AUGAGUGAAAACCUACCUCCGAACUCCCAAACAAUCAUCUGCUUCUCGCCAUUGACGACAGUUCGGUGCAACAGUCCAUCGAACGUCCACAUCUACUCCCUUAUCCGCCGCCGCUCACCACCACGCCACACAGAAAAAACCAAUUCAAAACCUUUAUUAGUGACCCUAAAGUUCCGAAAUCUCACACAUGUCAUUGGAAUUGAUUUUUUCGAUAUAUUUUUGCAGGUUUUUGGAUAUACAGUUAUAGUUUUUAUUAGCUUAAACAACAUUCAGGCAACAUCCAUCGAAGUGUCUUCAAUGCAUCAAUAUUUGAGGUUUCAGGGCCUACUUUAUAUGAAGGUGGGAUAUGGUCUUGUUUGGAAUCUUUUUGGGGUUGUCCUUUCAUCUAGACGGUUAACUACUGCGGAAGAUGAGAGCACCAAUGUGCAUCAAUAAAAAAAUCUUUGGCUAUCUCUGGCUUAAUGGCAUUUACCUUUCAGUUACCCUCUCGUUCUCUAGAUUAUUAGGAAAAUCACGCCAAUUGCUACUUUUGUAUUACUUGUUAGUGUAAUCCCAUACUAGUUGCAAACGAAAUGUACUUUGCUUGGAUGUGUCCAUGCUCAUUUUCAAG